GCUUCUUUCAUCAGCAACAACAGUUAGUCAGACAGCUCGGUAGCUUGCAGGACAAAAUAGCCGAAACAAUACAUUACUUUAGACGCUUUAGUGAAUAUUAGCCACUGUGUUUAAACCCACUUCUAUCAUCGAGUUAGUUCUCCGAUUUAAUUUCAUAUUUACGGUGUUGUUAUUAUUCAGCUAGCGAGCUGGUUAAGUUAGCAUUAGCCAAGCUAGCUAACAUCCCCGACCAUGCGGUCACCAAGCUACUCUCCUUCUAAUGAAGAGAAGGAUAUUACAGUAAAUCGAGAAGUAGGGAGUGGGGCCUUUACUGUGAAAGAAGAGGACGCGUUCAGAGUGAAAGAGGAGGAUGAUGGCACAGUAAAAGGAGAGGAAGAUGCAGUUUAUGGCGUGAAAGAGGAGGGGGAGGAGAUGACUGUUACAUCGAAAAAGGAGGAGGAGGAACCUGGAUAUCUGGGCCCGGUUUCCCAAACGCAUCUUCAGGCAUCCAAUGUUUCUAACGAUGAAUUUAACCAUAUGAUGGUUUUGAGAAACCGUUCCCUGACUAACACUAGAGAGAUACGGUACAAUCGUGGAUCCUCUGGGGAGCCUCAACAACCUCAUGACGCUGAAGAGGGAGAGAAGAGUCUCUCCAAAUCAGAACACCUCAAUAAACACCUGCAGAGACCCACAGAGAAGAGAACUCACUGCUGCUCUGACUGUGGGAAGAGUUUCACCUCCUCAGCAGGCAUUAAAAUUCAUCAGAGAACACACACAGGAGAGAAAUCUUAUAGCUGUGAUCAAUGUGGGAAGAGAUUUACUAGAUCUGACCAUCUGACUCUACACCAGAGAACACACACAGGAGAUAAACUUUAUAGCUGUGGUCAAUGUGGGAAGAGUUUUACAAGAUCUGACCAUCUGACUCUACACCAGAGAAUACACACAGGAGAGAAACCCUAUAGCUGUGAUCAAUGUGGGAAGAGAUUUCGUAGAUCUGGAGAACAGACAGUGCACCAGAGAAUACACACAGGAGAGAAACCCUAUAGCUGUGAUCAAUGUGGGAAGAGAUUUGCUACAUCUGGCCAUCUGGUAUCACACCAGAGAAUACACACAGGAGAGAAACCUUACAGCUGUGGUCAAUGUGGGAAGAGUUUUACAACACCUAGCUCUCUGACUCUACACCUAAGAACACACACAGGAGAGAAACCUUAUAGCUGUGAUCAAUGUGGGAAGAGUUUUGGUCGAUCUGGACAGCUGACAGUUCAUCAGAGAACACACAGGAGAGAAACCCUUUAGCUGUGAUCAAUGUGGGAAGAGUUUUUGUCAAUCUGGCCAUCUGGUAUCACACCAGAGAACACACAUAG